AUGAUGGAAGGCAAUAAUGAACAUGGCCUAAUUAAGGAUUGGAUGAUCGACCGGAAGCGGGUGGCUUGUCCCUCCAAAGCUGAUUUCAGGUGGGCCGUGGAUCCCGAGAGUUGGGAGUACACCACAGAGUACUACUCAAAUACUCCAUACGGAGAAAAGUCAAUGGGAUUCGUUGAGGCCUUGAGACAUGUGUUGGGUCAGAGGAAUGAACCGCGGCAACGUGAAAAAUCGCCCGGCGAAACUAAAGGGUUAGGGGAGGAAAAAAGAAAAGAGAGGCUGGAAAGGAUAUUGAACGAAUCGGAGAUUAGGUGGGUUAGGCGAUAG